UAGGUGCGCUGCUCCACGAGGCAACUUGGGGGUGGUAGCAUUUGAGAUUCCAAGGAGUUGGGUCCAGGUGGGCAGGGGAACCUGCGGUGCACUGCUGAGCCGACCUAGGCGCCCGAGAUCGACCGGGCGUCUGGAUCUUACUUUGAGUCUGGGCGCCAAGCCCCCGAGUGCUCGUCACGCUGGACCCUGGCGCGGAGCCCUGGCAUCACGACUCGGAGGCAGAGACUCUCUCCUGGAGUCACCCAGGGGAGAUGGAGCCGCCUCAGUGUGUGGAAGAGCUGGAGGAUGAUGUGUUUCAGCCAGAGGAUGGGGACCUGGGGACCCAACCUGGGAGCUUGCCCUCUGCUGACCUGUUUGCUCAGAGCCAGCUGGACUGCCCCCUCAGCCGUCUGCAGCUCUUCCCUCUCACCCACUGUUGUGGCCCUGGACUUCGACCCACCAGCCAGGAAGACAAGGCCACCCAGACCCUCAGUCCAGCCUCCCCAAGCCAGGGUGUCAUGCUGCCUUGUGGGGUGACUGAGGAACCCCAGCGACUCUUUUAUGGCAAUGCUGGCUACCGGCUCCCUCUCCCUGCCAGUUUCCCUGCAGGCUUGCCCCUUGGUGAGCAGCCCCCUGAAGGGCAGUGGCAACAUCGAGCUGAGAUACAGAUUGCCCGAAAGCUUCAGUGUAUUGCAGACCAGUUCCAUCGGCUUCAUAUGCAGCAACACCAGCAGAACCGAAAUCGGGUGUGGUGGCAGAUCCUCCUCUUCCUACACAACCUCGCUUUGAAUGGAGAUGAGAACAGGAACGGGGCAGGUCCCAGGUGAGGCUGGGCUGCCCUCUUCGAAAGGGGCACCACAGGAAGGACAUCAGCGAGGACUGACACUGUGUCUUGUGAAGUUGUUUUUUGUUGUUUUUAUUUUAAGAGUUUAUCUCUAUGUACAUAAGACAUACCCAAGCGGGACCUCUUUCCCUGUUCAGGGCCUCCACCAGGAAUGGGGGCCUUUGUCAAACACUGUUGAAGUAGAGGUUGAUGUGUCUGGGAUGGUGGGACCUCCCAAGGGCUCUGACAAGCAGAUUCUUCAGUCAACAGUUGUCGAAGAUGACCAGGUUAGUGAUGCUCUCUGGCAAGUGGGCUGUAGGUUUCCCACAGGAACUCGGUUAAGAAAUAGGAGACUGGCUUAUUAGACCCUGGUUCCGCCAAACCUAUCAGCCUUCCACCGUGGAGAGGGCUGAGAUCCGGAUGGUCACACUGCUUGAACCCACCAGGACCUUGGCCAGGAGCUUUCCAGCUGAGCAUGGCAACUGCACCAGGCCGGUCAGCCUGUAUCUGGGUUCUCAUAUGGCCCAGCCAGUGCCUGCCCUAAGGGCUCAGGGAUUCUUACCCAGCCCCUGUCAUCUCCAGCAGACCUCAGGGAGGGUUGGGUUUCUCCAAGGACCCCUCAAACAUACCGCAAAAUGAACCAAACUUCUGGGUAGGCCUCAAACCUGACUUGGUCCCACUUGGAUGCCCCAGGAUUGCUCCUGGGGUACAGAGAACCACUGCCACCUCUGGCUUCCUGGAAUUGGCUGGGUGCUAGCCAUGGAUGAGCCAAACAGCCAAUCAACGUGCUGUCGCCAGCAGCGUGUACCUUGUCAGCUCUUCUCUCCAAAGACCCAGCAACAGGCUGUAUUGCACAGCCAGUAUCAGCACUCUAGGGCAUGAAGGGGCAGGAUUACAGUGGGACUGGGAAACAUGGCCAUCCCACCUGUAAGAGUCAGCCUUAGAGGAACCCAGACCCCUUGGUUUCCUUGGAAACAACAUACCUCCUCCUCCUUAUCCCCAUUCCCUUUUCACACCUAGUAUGAUACAGGAAGAAGCCAGCACAGUGGCUUUGUCAGCUGCAAUAUGUCUUUUAGAGUAACAGACAAUGAUUAAGAGUGCGGAACCCUCAAAGCUGGGUACACAUUUCCUGUCUUCCUUCAGCUUCCAGCUAGGCCAGAAGGGUAUGCUCUGGAACUCUGCAGGAUCACAGCUGCCUCUGAACUUCUUCCCUUCUCUCCCGGCUGUGGCGCUAAUGUAGAGAGUUUAAAAGCCAGUCUGCCAGCUCUGAUGGCAGACCCAGGGAAUCUGAAAAGACAUAGGGAACCUGGUUAACAGAAUCUGUUUACCAGUCACCUAGGAAUUAAAUGAUAAUUUUUGCAUAUGUUAAGAAAAGAUAACAUUGGUGCUAAUGUUAUGCAAUGCCCAAGGGAAGCAAUGCCCCAAGAAAAGAUGGCUUUCCUGGGCAGAGAAGACCCCAGGGCUACCCAAGGAAAUUGGAGGAGUCCAGAGCAGACUCUCAAAUCUGAGGAAGCCCAAGCUCCUCCAGUUCUACGAAGAGGUCUUCAGUACUGUUGAAGAAAGCAUUGAUCUUCUGGAGGUACAGUUGGACAGGUUGUUCACUGCACAAAGGCACCUGCAGCAGAAGAUAACGGAGGCUAAAAUCCAGUUGGUGCUCUGCUCAUUAAGUUGUAUGCCCUAGUGUAGGGCUAUGCCUGCCCAGAAGGGGUGCCUUUCCUAAUGUGCACGAAAGUGCCAUAUGGGCUCACAGUAGCCCUGAGGAGGACCUCAAACUGUGCAUAAGCCUGUGUUUUGUUUUGCUUGGAUGUUCUGGAGGUAUUACCUCUUCUUGGCCAGAAUUAUAUUCUCAGGGUGUGUACCAUGGUUUGUCUGCUAAGAAGAUGGGUUCCUGCUUAUAAGGAGGAGCCCAGGGAACAGGCAUGAAGACUGGCUCUGGGACAUGCUGACCAUUGUGAAAUCCAGCCUUCCCUGCGUGUCUCCGUAUGAUGUGCAUAAAACAUGUGUUUUUCCCUCUCCUGGACCAAGGCUGAGACAGGAGGGCUGCUGGUAUAUGCCUGAGUGGAACACAAGAAAACCAGGAUUAUUUCUACCAACCAUUUUUAACCCCUCUUGGUGGACUUUCCACCUGAGCUGAGUGAGAGCAAAUAAAUGGUGUAGAUUUUGGUGCUGAGGCAAAGCCAUCAGCUUCAGGGAUCCUGCUAGGUCCAGGAGGGAUGCCCUGUGGCCUGUCCUGAGAACUGAGCCCAGAGUUUGACAAGCCCACCUGAACCUCGAGCCUGGGGCCAGGUGGCGGGUGGUCUGACUGCAGUGUCUCCAACUCCUGUGCAGCCAAGAACUAACUUACUAUCCUAAGCAAACCAGGGCAAAACUUAAAACCUCCCUCCUUUCCCUUCCCCCAGAAACCCAGGAGGUAACUGGCAGAAUAGCCCCAGGAGGGAGAGAGGUUCCUCCUGGCUGGCUGUUUUUAAUUGGCCUAGUGAUCUAGACCACCCCCUUCCCCCUCUGCCUGUAGAGUUGGUCUGAACAUUCCUCAAGUCCAGCCUCAGGAGACAAGUCCCUCCCCGUGGGCCCCUUCUCCCUACCCCCCACCCCCAGAGGCUUGGCUGUCUCCAGUGAGGGGGUGGAGAAUCAGAUUUAGAGGGAGGCAGAGUCUGACCUGGGUCCUGACCUGUAACCAGCUGAAGACUUGUGGAGCUUUUGUGGUUUGCUUGGGGGUAGGGGGAUGGGGGAGGCUGGAAACCUCCCUCCCCAUUAUAGAAAUGCCCUGGAGGAAGGGAAGCCUGCCAUUCAGGGUCAAAACAGGCCUUCCAACUCAGAACCCUGGGGUUCUGGAAGCUGUAGACAGAGCUGGGGAGGGUACCCCCCCCAAGCCAGACAUCUGACUCCCCAAGCCAGUUGGAGGACUGGGCCUGGCCUUUGCCUUCCCCUGCUUCAAAGUCUGGGCUACUGGAGAGCUGCCCCUGUGGCCUGUUGCUCAAUCUGAGGCAGAUAGUUGACCUCCCAGUGACCUCCCCCAGCCCCUAGGGGAGUGGGUCUGUGUCCAGAGCUUAUGUGGCAGGCAUGUUCCAAGUGUUCAGAGGGGCCCAGCUGAUUUGUCUCACUGUCCCCAACAGUCCAGAUCUGUCUGAGGGUGGCUCUGUCCUGGGCAUGGCAAGGAGGGGUCGAUUGGGAUGAUCCAGCCAGGGCCUCCAACCGCCCGAAGUCUUCUGGGAAGGAGGCUGGGCAGCCACUUGACUGUCCUGGUCAGCAAGGAGCACACUUGAAAGCUUGUGUUUUUGUGGGGGGACUUGGUGAAGAAGGGAUAAGGAGCGUGGAGAGCAGCAGAAGCAGGAAUACUUCAGUUUCCAUGGCUCUCAGGGCUUCUGCGAAGCUGUGGGGUCCCUCUGUGUGUUUUGGUGUGUGUGUGGGGGGGGUGGGGAAAUCCUUGGUGGCAUGCCACCCUGGCAGAUUUGUUCCAGGAAGGGUUUAGCCUAUCAGCCUGUGAAACCUCCUGGGGACACUGGGCAGUGGUCACCUCAGGGCUGGGGAGGACUUAGAGCCUUGAAGGAGUGGCAGGGAAAUCUGAGCUCUUCCAUAGGUGCGCCAGCCUCAAGGCUGAAGGUGCUCGGAGCCUGUGCAGGCUUCCGGUCCACACUGUCCCUCUCUGUGCAGGGGUCCAGUGCCUCUCCCUGCUCUGUGAGCAAUGCUCAGUGGGCCGCCCCAUUCCUGGGUCCACAGGGGCUGUCAGGGGAGACCCAGUGAGAAUGUAGCAUUUUGUUCAUCCCAGAUUAGUUGCCCUGGGUUCUAGGCACUCUGCCUCUGGGAGAGAGACAGGGAAAGAGGGAGGGGAAUAGGGACCCAUUGUGUUUUAACCUGUACAGAUUAUUUGGCUUUCUGUUCUUCACAUGCAUAUGUGUGUGUGUGUGUGUAUCUUCCCCCCCAUCAAUUGGUACCAUUUUUAAUAAAACCAUUUAAAGCAAAGCUGGCCUGUCAUUUUCAAGGUGUGGUAAAAAUGCAAGGGGAUCCGUUAGAGCAGCUGACUCCUAACUUGUGUCUCAGCUGCCAUCCUGAGUCACCCAGGAGGCUUGCAGCUUGUCAGGACUUCUCUUCCCCUCUGAGUGGAGAAGAGUCUUCUGACCACACAAUAAGCAGCAAAGCAGAGUCCCCGUGAGGUUGAAAGACACAGGUUUUAGAUCUGGACCUGGAUUUGGAUCCGGUUCCAGCCUCCACCAGCUGAAUGAUCUUAGGCAAGUUAUGUAACCUCUCUGAACUGUGUAAAAUACAGCUGUGCCUGCCUUGCAGGAUUGAAGGGACUGUGUGCAAAGAACUUGCUCACCCCCCCCCCCCAUCAAGCUGGACUUCAGUUUCCUUUUAUCAAGGUAGCAUCUCAGGAGGUAGGCUAGUUGUAGGGAGACUUCCUGGCUUGUAUUUCUUUGUGGAUUAACAAUGUGUCUGACUCAAGAGGGUAAUUUAAAGCUCUUGACAGAGUUCUGAAAAUCCUUGGGAAAAACCACCCCUGGUCCUAUCAGCAGCAAGCGGUGAGCCAAAGGGCCAACUCGCCUUACCUGUAUCAGCCCGUGAUUUAGGAAGCUGUUGGCUCUCUGAGGACCAGUCUUGGACUCCAGUUCCUCGCCUCAUAGACGGUGGGAGCUUGAAGUGACGCUAAACUGUCUUGCCUAACCUCUUUGUUUUGUGGAUGAGUAAACUGAGGCCCAGAAGGGGGAUGUAAUUUUCUAUUUGGAUUUUUUAAACAGCUGAGUCAGCCUGAGGGGGGCUUACCCCAUCCAUCUGGGUUUCCACUUGGAAAUUGCAGUACUCUUGCCCAGAUCUGUGAGGAAGCCAAAACUUGUCUAUUUUUAAUGCCAAAUAACUGCCUCUUCUCCUGUAAAACAUGGCACUUCUAACCACUCUAUAUUUGGACAGAGAGGUUUAUUUUUACUGGAGUGUGGUAGAAGUGCGGCCUGGUGCCACGUCCGGAUGUUAUUCUACAUUUCACGUGCUGGAUUGUAGUUGAGCCCAUUAGCAGCUCCUAUGAGGUACACAGGGAAUUAGUAGGUGAUUGGUGAUGUACUGUCUUUCUUUCAAGUCUUCUGCUACUUUGGGUAAGCCUGUACUCAGUUGCCCAGGCUAGAAACCUGAGAGCUCACCCUUGUCCCACCCUGCCCCUCCCUUCUCUCUCUCUGAUCCCUCCAGAGCAAGUCCAGUGAGAAGUUAAAGGCACAGCUGCCCAAAUUUGAGCCCAGCCUCUGCUGCUCACCAGCUGAGCCUUACUAAGCAGGUCACAUAGCCUUUCUGUGACUCAGUUUCCUCAUCUAUCAAAUGAGAUGACAGUAGUACCUACCUCAUAAGGUGGUUGUGAGCAUGAAAUGUGUGAAUACAUGUAAGGUGCUUAGAGUAGUGAUUGGUAUAUAUUAAGUUGUC